CGGACACAAUGAAACAGUAGCCAUCCCCUCAAUGCAUUUUUAAAAGCUCAGCAGGUGAUGGGAACAGUUAGGUCAGGACUUUGUGUUCGCAGAUGAGGUUGGCCAAGUGAUCAGCCGCAUUUGCAGAGAAAAGGAUCCUACCCCGCUAUACUUCAGUCACUAAAAAGGCCGCCGAGGCUUAUGAGGUACCACCUUAUUCCAGUCAGCUUUCCCCUGCAUGCGAAAGAACAACCCUCGUGCUCGAGUGCCUCGUCGGUCAACGCGUCAGCAUGCCUGGAGCCGACUGCGCCAAGGAAGAGGGUUCAUGCAAGGCCUUGUGUCGAAACCUGGUGUCCCAGAACGGCCUGCAGAGAGAGACAGCUGAUAUCUCGCAGUCUGUACUCUACACCUCCCUGAUGGGGCUUCUGCUGGUCGCCGACAACGAGAAGGAGCUGCUUGCAUUAGGAAGUGGAAGGGCUGGUCUUCGAAACAUUGGCAACACUUGUUUCUUGAAUGCAAUAGUCCAAUGUUUGUCUCACACUCGUGGCCUGCGGGACUACUGCCUCCUCAAGUCCUAUAGACACGACAAAUUCUCUAAGGAGGAGCCACGACUUACGGAAGCUUUCUCCCAGGUAUUGUCUGGACUCUGGAAUACAAAAGAAGAGGACACGAUUGUAAAUCCACGACAGUUUUAUAACAUUUUCAGAGAUGCUGUGCCUUACUUCAGUGGCUACAGUCAACAGGAUGCUCAGGAGUUUCUCAGAUUUCUUUUGGAAAAGCUACACACCGAAAUAAACCGCAAGCCCAACAUUAGACGGCCAUUGAAGGACCCAGAGCAAAAAUAUGCCAGAUUUAGGAUUUCUGAAGAGGCAGCUGCUACUUGGAAGAAGCACUUAGAGAAUGAUGACAGCAAAAUAGUCGAUGUGUUCUCGGGCCAGCUGCGCAGCUCGCUGCACUGCUCGGUGUGCUCCCACUACUCCAAUACAUUCGAUGUGUUCUGUGACCUGUCACUGCCUAUUCCCAAACGCUGCACAGCCGGAGAAGUGACGCUGAAGGAGUGCUUGGACUUCUUCUCCCAGGAGGAGAGGCUUGACAAGGAAAAUUCACCUAUGUGUGAGAGGUGCAACAGGCACACAGAGAGCACUAAGCGCAUGUCCAUUCAGAGGUUUCCUCAUGUUAUUGUGAUACACCUGAACCGUUUCACGACUUCACGGUGGGCGAUCGGUAAAAGCACCGCCUAUGUCUCCUUCCCAAUCACCAACCUUGACCUCGGGCCCUACGGACCCGUCGACUGUGGGCCAGUAUUGUAUGAUUUAUAUGCAAUAUGUAACCACGCUGGGACUGUCAACAUGGGUCACUACACUGCUUGUUGUUGUGAUGACAAUGGAUGGUGUUACUACAAUGACUCCAGUGUAACAUCAAUUCCUGAGACGCAGCUUCAGACCAAUCAAGCCUACGUGCUAUUUUACCAGCGCAGCGACAACGCCAUCACUACAAGGAACUAGUAUGCUUGACAGCCAAUCAGAGAUGUUUUUACCUUCAGUGACCAUAGAAACCAACACAGUCCAGCCAUGUUCUCAUUUAUGAACUUUUCUACUCCGAAAAAAUGUGUCCUCCUAAAGCCAGAUGAGAUAAAUCAAGACCACAAUGGAGUUUAUUGUGAAGAGGUGAUUUUGUCAAGGAGAAGCUGAAGCGAGUGAGUGAGAGAGAAGAAAGCUGAGAUCCACUGUGGCCUUAAGAAUAUUUAUGCCCAAGUUGUCAGACCAGAUUUUGAACACUGACGCAAAGCUCUCAUUAUGGACAAGCUCACGCUCGAUAAGCGCAACCGGCAUCCAGGACACGGAA